AAGAUAUGUUUCUCUACCUGUUUCCGUUCAAAGUCAAAAUACUUUGAUCUAAAAAAGGAAGUAACGGAAAAAGAAAACAUUUACAGUUCUGUGCAUUUCUUCUAUCCGUCCAUCUCUCACAAACACAAACACAAAAACGUCUCAUCUUUCUCUCUCUCUCUCUCUCUCUCCUCUCUUCGCCGUGAAUGGCGGCAACACAAGGGAUGGCUCAGCCUUCGACAAAGAAACGAAGCUUUCUCCUCCGUGAUUUCUUUAAACUUUUCCGAGCAAUCUCAAGAGUUUUGCCUCGUGAAAAGCCUAACCAUACCCAUAAGGCCAGCAAACACGAACGAAAGCCCCGCACCAAAUCCAAACGUCAUGAAGAACAGAUUUUCAACGUCCCUGAUGAUCCAAACGCCUUCCGUUUCCAGGAAGCGAAGUCGUCGGUGGCUAACAAGGUGGAAGCUGGUGCGAAUUUUUGCAAGGUUCGUAGCUAUAGAUUCGACAACAGCGUGGGGACAAAGAAGGCGUCAUCAGCUUUUUCAAGAAGUUGUAGCCAGAACACGGCCACGACGAACCCGAAUCUCACAAUGCGGAGUUUAUCUUUUAUAGGGAGGAACAAGACGGAUUCAAAUGGAUUCGUGCCGACACUUAUGAGAUCGACGACCACGGUUCCGAGGAGCUUAGCAAACCCAAUCUUGUACUCGAGCUCAUCGGCCAAAGUGGCUAAACCUCAAGCAACGGAGAAGAAACUAAGCUGCACGCUCGAGGAGCUAUGCAACGGUUGCACUAAGAAGAUUAAGAUCAAGAGAGAUGUGAUUACAACCUCAGGGCAACUGAGCGAGGAGGAAGAGACGGUGGAAAUAAAAGUGAAGCCAGGGUGGAAAGAAGGAACCAAAGUAACAUUCGAAGGAAAAGGAAACGAAGCGAUGGGGAGUGUACCGGCUGAUUUGACAUUCGUCAUAGUCGAGAAAGAGCAUGAGGUGUUUAAAAGAGAAGGAGAUGACCUUGAAAUGGAGGUGGAAGUCUCUCUGCUCGAAGCUUUAACGGGAUUCGAGUUCUGCGUUGCCUUGCCUGAUGGUGACAAGAUGAGUUUGAAGAUAAAAGAUGUUAUUCACCCUGGAUAUGUCACAGCGAUUGAAGGCAAAGGUAUGCCAAACACCAAGGAGAAAGGGAAGAAGAGAGGAGAUUUGAGAGUUCGGUUUCGGACUAAGUUCCCACAGCAACUUACAGAUGGUCAAAGGGCAGAGAUUCAGAGCAUUCUUCAACAAGACUCUUCUUGAUCGUGUUUGCUUUUUCUUUCCCUUUUUUAUUAGGGGAGGCUUUAACAACAUGGUUAGAUAACGCAGCUCUUUACUUUUGUUCUAAGUUUGUAAACAACCAAGUUGAAACGAAGAAACCACUUUUAUUUAUAGACU